UCUAUGGUCUCAGCUCCUCCCACUUACCUAACACCUUGCUCGUUAGUGGCCUUGAACUAAUUGCAAGCUGCAGGAGAGAGAGAUAAAAGUGCGUGGAUGUUUUAGACAUUGAAACUGCAACAAAAACAACAAGAAGACAAACAUACCCUGUAGCAUUCCCUAUACGCAAGACUCCCAGUGUAUCAUGGAAGAAACUGCUACUGCAGCAAACAAACAAGCAGAAGCAGAGGAAAUACAAAAACCGAGGCCAUCAUGCAUGGAGAGGGGCCCAGGUCCUGCAAGGUACAUGCUGCCUAGCACUUGCGGUCAUGUCAAGCACGAUCCUACUAAAGUAUCAAAACCAGCUUACUCGUUUGGCACAAAACCUAAAAAAGCUUCAGCGAUGAAUAGUCCGGGGCCAGUGUACUUUUUAAAUCCAUACAUCACGAGAAAUGGCAUGUCCACAAUGCCUUCUUUUACAAUGUAUGGACGGAUCAAUCUGCCAUCCGGAUCAGGGAAUUAUCCUUCUCCAGAUACGUAUCACAUUGAAAAUACCAAGCCGCUUAAAACAGCUCAGCCACCCUCCUUCUCAUUUGGGAGUCGCACAAAAUAUCUUAAAAAAGACAAUGUCCCGAGUCCUAGUACAUACACACUGCCACCAAUGAUAGGACCGCGUGUGGUUAACAAGAAAAGUGGAUCAGCUCCUUCAAUGACUGGUAGGUCAUUAAUUGGGAGCUUUCAUCAGGAUUUUCAAAAGACUCCUGGGCCUGGAACUUAUAAAGUAACUGAUUCAUCUGUUACUUCAACAAAAUGUCCCUCUUACACUUUGAAAGGACGCAAUUAUCCGGCGGCAGCUCGUAGCCAGGCACCUGCACCUGGGACCUACAAACCUGAAAAUGUUAAAGUGGAUAAGAGGAUUUACCCCUCAUAUUCGUUUGGCGUCAGACACUCUGACUACCUUACCAGCUUUGUUGAAAUGGGGCUCUACUAAUUAAUAUUCAUAACCUCGUUAAUAGUAGACACUUAAGAUUUAAUAAUAACCA